UUCAGUUCAAUCUGUCAUAAUUUAUUUUUGAUUCACAUCGCAGUAGUAUUUUAGUAUUUACUUGACCAAGUAUGUGGAAUUACGUCUUAAAAAUAACUAAAACGUUGAUAAAAUAACCUGCGAAAUGAACCGUAGAGAUACCUCCGAGGUUACGCUCCCAAAAUAAACUUUUGUCUAAUCCGUAAAGUUUAUUGUUGGCUGAAAAUGUGUAAAUAAAAGUUUUCGUGGUUAAAUUCAGUGUUUUUCACAGUAUUCCCGCUUACAGUAUUGAGGCAUGAAGUGACGUGGCAGCCAUGACAGCCCACUCGCCGGCAGUGUCUGCGGAGCUGCCUGGCUCCACGUCGAUCGUGGUGUCUCUGGCGGCGGGCGCGGCGGCGGGGGCGGUCGCCAAGACGGUCAUAGCACCGCUGGACCGGACCAAGAUCAUCUUUCAGAUAUCACACACCCCCUACUCCUGGCGGGCCGCGUUCCAGUGGCUUCUCGACGCGUAUAGGAAAGAGGGGUUCUUAUCUCUAUGGAGGGGCAAUUCCGCUACUAUGGCGCGUAUUAUACCGUAUGCGGCGGUGCAGUUUACUGCGCACGAGAAGUGGAAGAAGGCACUUGGGGUGGAUACGCCGCAGAAAGCACAACAGAACAAAGUGGUCCACCUCAUAGCGGGCGCUCUGGCGGGCGUGACGUCACAGUCGGCGACGUACCCACUGGACCUGGCGAGGGCGCGCAUGGCGGUGGCGGGCACACGGAGGUCGCUGCGGGACAUCUUCCAUCAGCUGCUGGCGAGGGAGGGCGCGCCGGCGCUCUACAGAGGCUACUGGCCUACCGUGCUCGGGGUGAUCCCGUAUGCUGGAGUUUCUUUCUUCACGUAUGACACGCUGAAGAGAAAAUAUACAGAGCACUACCUGGCGCCCCCUGGCGGCUGGGUGUCGCUGUGCUGCGGCGGCGCGGCCGGCGCGCUCGGACAGACCGCGUCCUACCCGCUCGACAUUGUGAGGCGACGAAUGCAAACGGGUAAACUAAAGUCCGACGGGACCUACGUCUACGCCACCAUCAGCGAUACGUUGAAAAUAGUUUAUAAGAACGAAGGCUGGCGCGGCUUCUUCAAAGGACUCUCAAUGAACUGGGUGAAAGGCCCGGUGGCUACAGGAGUAUCAUUCGCUACGUACGACGCCAUCAAACACGCGCUAAGAGAUCUGGCCCUGACUGUACAGGCUAGUUAGCAUACACUGCGGCGGCCGAGUAGCCGUGUAGCGACAUCUAGCGGAAAGAAAUGGAAUCAAGUUUAAGUUGGGUUGUAGCGACAUCUAGCGUUGUAAUCAGGCGGUAUUGCGGAGGAAAUUGAAUGAUAUUUUCAGGUUCUCUUGUAGCGACAUCUAUCGGUGUAGUAAGGCUAUUUUUGAAAGCAAUGCAAUGUGAGUUUAAAUUAAUUUAGUCGAUGAAAAAUUUAUGCUGAAGUAAGAGAUUGUAAUAUAAUAAUUUAAAAUGUGCUAAAUAUGUAUGUAUAAAACAUGUUUUAUAAUAGGUAUAUAUUUUUAUGUUACGCGCAAAUAUUAUGUUUAGAAAGUUGUUAUCUAGUUUUCAGUGAAUUUUAUGCAAGUUUUAGGUAAGUAUUAUUACUGAAACGAAAUGGUAGCGAUUCUUAGCAUCAAUUGUAAAAUUUAGCUACGUAAAAUUAUUUGUUUGAAAUUCGAGUUUUUAAUCAUCCGUGUAAAGCUCUUAUUGCAUUGUACAGUGCCACAAACUUAUCUGUUCCGGUGACAGCUCACUUAAAUGUGUAGUAUUUCUUCAUUCUAUAAGAUUUUAAGUUUGCCAGUAGUGUUAAUUCGCUCUUGUGGUUUCAAUAAACCCAUCUAAUCUAUAUCAAUAUAUAAUUCAUUAGUAAAUAAUGAGAUAUGGCUCAAUUUAGUUCGCACUCACCGGAACGGAACAGAUAAGUUUUUCGCACAAUAUUUAAGUUCUGAAAGAGCUGAAAAUAAAAUUGGUGCUUUUAGAAUCGGUGCCAUCUAUCUUGUGCAAUUAAAACUAUCAAUAAUUU